UUUAGUAAAACAUUACUUCUGUGCGGUUGUUGUAUUCAAAGAAUAUCUAAACAUCUAAGUAUCUAAUUGUGGUUAUGAAAAACACAUAUAACCGAUUAAGCAUUGAGAAGGAAAACACAUAAGAACUUGUUCGUGAAUAAAAGUCUAUACAGAAGUGCAAAUUUUAAAUAAGACUCAAAAAAGGUUUAACCUUGGUUUACUUCCAGAAUUCCUUUGAAAAUUGCAGAGCGCGAGUCCAUACGAAUUCUUAGAGCGUAAGCCAAAACAUAUAGCAAAUAUAAGCGUUUGGCAGUUACUCUUAGUGUCAAAUAAAACUAAUAUAUACGUUAUAUAUAUACGUUAAUAUAUAAUAUAAACAAAACUUCUCAUAAUUCUUAACAGAUAGCAAUCUUCAUUUAUAUCUUAAUUUAAGAACGCAAGGCCGUAGAGUUACGGCGAUAAUUUAUUAAGAACUGAAAACGUGGAUGCAAAAUAAAACAAAACUGGAUACAUCAACUUCAUUGCAGGACCAAAAUAUGUCGUCCCUUCUUCCAACAACAUCCACCGGACGUUUUGAUCCGCGUUCUUUUACAAAUAUUUACAUCAAAAAUUUUGGUUUUGAACUCACAUCUGAUCAAUUAAAAAAAAUGUUUGAUCGAUUCGGCGAAAUAAAAAAUAGCAAAAUCAUGACUGAUGAAGAGGGAAACUCUAAAGGCUUUGGUUUUGUUUGUUUCUUAUCUCCAGACUCUGCAGCUAGUGCUGUUGCUCAAAUGCAUGGUAUAAAAAUAUCACCCGGUCGUGUCCUCUAUGUUGCCAAAGCAUUAAAGAAGGCAGAGCGAAUGCAUGUUCUUAAGUACAAGCGCGAGUAUGAAAAGAACAACCUAUAUGUUAAAAAUUUAGAUGAGUCAGUUGAUGAGAAUUAUAUGUAUGAUCUGUUCUCUCCAUAUGGUAAGAUCACUUCCCUCAAAGUUAUUGUCAAUGAAGUUGGAGUUUCCAAAGGAUACGGGUUUGUGGCAUAUGAAUCUCCAACGUCUGCGAACAGAGCUUCAUUUACAUUAAAUGGACGUAUGGUUGGUACAAAACCACUAUAUGUUGCCUUUGCACAACGUAAGCCUGAACGCAACAUGGGUUUGAGUCAAUCGCGUGAUAUCGUUAAUUACCCUACCGAUAAGAGCAUUACACCUAGCCAGCAAUACGGUUACAAUACAAAAUUACAACACUCUCUCCCGCAGCGUAAACCAUCGGUUCAGAAAAUAUGCAAUGGAGACAACACUCAGCCAAAUGCCGAACGUGUAGGAGAUGAAGCCGCUGAUGAUCCCGUUAUCAAGCGCGUUGAUGCCCAAAUAAGUAUCAAUUUGCAGCAAACUUAUUUGGCAACUAAAUCAGGAGCAGUGCACACUAUAAAUAUAGAACGAUCUGUGGUAGGAAGUGAAUCUGAAAAUGUGUGUAAAGACAGUCAACUGAAUCCUGAGGCGGUAGUGUUUCCUAGCAAGUGUUGGGGAGAUGAUAAAUCCAUUGAUGGAAAUGAUGCUAAUGACAGUGUGACCAGUUUGGAUGAUUCCAAUGUAUCAACGGAACAAUACGAAAGUAAUACUCAACACAAUAACUUCAAUGACGGGAAGAAUUUUAAUGUUGGUUCGUCUUCAAAUCGUACAUCUUACAGUGGAUAUCAGACCAGACCAAGUUUUAGUAAUUGUGGUAAUUCUCAAGGAAAUAUGAUGAAAUCUUUACCAUUAAACAAUAAUCGCUUCCCAGCACCUUCUAAUGAUAGGCGUCCCUACAAUUAUAAUAGUAUUUCGAACAAUACUACACAGGCACCACGUUAUCCAAAUUAUUCACAAAACAAUCGAUACUUUUCUAAUCGCGGCGCAGGUGACAAUAAAGACUCUUCUAGUGAAAUCAAAGCAAUAUGUGCAAGUCCAACAGAGCAGCCCAAUAAUCAAUAUAAAAAUCCAUUUAGUGGCCGUACCCGUGAAAGUGGCAGUAAUAAUCGUAAUUCGUAUAAUUACGGAAAUAAUAAUUGCACUGGACGCAACAGUGGCGGUCUGCAGCAAAGUACCGGAAAUCGAACCAAUUCCCAAUAUGGUAGAACUUAUGGUGAACAAAUUAAUAAGAAUUUGUAUAAUCAUCAGCCAAGCAGCUCACGUCAAUAUGAAAGUAGCGGCAGUAAUUAUAAUCAGUCGCGAUACGAACAAAACUCUCGUAAUAACGGUAAUAACCAGUUGCAAAAUCGUGGCUAUGGACAACAAAAUAGGAACGUUGGUCAAAAUCGUUUCUGUGGUCAAUCUCAACAAGGUUACAGCUCUCAAGGUCAAUAUAACGGAGGCAACAACUACCAUACCGACUAUAAUGGGUCCAAACAACGUUCUCGCUAUGCAAAUAAUAACAAUAAUAAUCGGACUCGUUCUAAUUCACAAUACGAUUCUGUCUCAGACAAUUCAAAGCCAAUAGGCCCUGAUGAAGUUGAGUAUAGGAAUAAAAGUUCCUCUAUCAGCUUCAUUAAUUCUCAAUAAAUAACUUGAAAAUUUAAUGAUUGCGUGUUAAAAGAUUCUCGUCCACUAAAGCACGAGGAGCAAAAAUUGACCUCAAACAAACUUAAAAAUUUCCACCUUUAAACCUGCAUUGCAAUCAUUAAUAAAUUUAAAAACAAAGCCGAGGUCAACACACACACUUUCUUUCCAAAACAAAAAUUACCUAAAUUAAUGGAUAGUGGACAACUUGACAACUUUUAAUAAUUGAAGGCAAUAUACAUCUCAAACAUAUAUAUGAAUAUGUAAUGUAUAUGUAAUAUCAUUCGCGAAAUUUCCAACGAAGCUCUAAAUUUCCCCGUUACCUGUCCACGAUACCACCAUAAGAUCAAUAGAGUUUAUAUCGUACUGUUUGGAACGUGAAGAAUUAGGAUUUAAAAUAUUUUCGACAAAAACAGCACAGUCGUCAAUAUAUACAACAUAUGUUAGAUAUUUUUGGCUUCAAAUUCAAAUUCGAUGUCUGGAAUAACAUCCAAGGUUUGCAGAAAAUUGUUUGCUUCGUUUCGAACACCCCAAUCACUUUACGACGCCAAGAUGAUAUACAAUCUGAGAAGGAAGAUAUAUGUUUAAGCCUCCCAGAAUGUACCGUACAACAUAUGCAUUUACUACUAAUCUGCCAAUCUGCGGUCACACCAGCAUAGCAUAUCUGCUAUCCAGAAACGGAGACAUUUGAAAAGUAUUUAUGUUGUGACGUCGCAGCAGUACGAUUGGAUGUUGUAAUAGCAUAUCUGCUAUAUGGUGCUUGGACAUAUUGUUCUAUCACAUGCGUAAUAUACCUGGAGUUUAGAGUAACUUGUCUUGUUAGAGAGAGCUUAUAACUCGAUUCACAAG